AUGAGCAUCGCCCGUGUGAACCCGUACUUGACGAGUAGGCCGGUCGUCCUAGGCCUGGCGAAGGCGCUCGCUCUGGCCAUUGCACAGCUCCCUCCCGUCUCCGCUGCUCCUGCAUCGUUUUAUGGCAUCUGGGCGAUCCCGGAUGAGAGAGGGAAGCCAGCCAGCGAUCCCGGUCUCUGGUUAUACAUGGGAAUUUCAAUUGCGUUGGUGUUGGGUGGCGGUGCCUUUGCUGGUCUGACCAUCGCUCUUAUGGGCCAGGUCAUCAAGACUUCUGGCGAAGCAUCCGAAAGGAAGAACGCGGCCGCUGUGUUGAAUUUGUUGAAGAAAGGAAAGCACUGGGUCCUCGUCACGCUGCUUCUCAGCAACGUCAUCACCAACGAGACAUUACCCAUCGUGCUCGAUCGCUCACUCGGAGGCGGCUGGCCUGCAGUUGUCGGAAGUACAGUCUUGAUCGUCAUUUUCGGAGAAAUCGUACCGCAGUCAAUAUGUGUCCGAUAUGGUCUUCCCAUCGGGGCAUGGAUGGCCCCCUUCGUCCUCGUAUUGAUGUAUCUUUUGUCGCCAGUGGCAUGGCCUAUAGCAAAAUUGCUUGACAAAAUUCUCGGGGAGGAUCACGGGACGGUGUACAAAAAGGCAGGCUUGAAGACCUUGGUCACCCUGCACAAGACAUUGGGCGUAGCCGGAGAACAGCUCAAUUCCGAUGAGGUUACAAUCAUCAGUGCCUGUCUGGACUUGAAAGAAAAGUCGGUGGGAAGCAUCAUGACGCCAAUGGAGGAUGUUUUUACUAUGUCGGCGGAUACCGUGCUCGACGAACGAACAAUGGACCUUAUCCUGUCGCAGGGAUAUUCCCGCAUCCCCAUCCACGCUCCGGAUAAUCCACAAAACUUCGUCGGCAUGCUCCUCGUGAAGAUGCUCAUCACUUACGACCCAGAAGAUUGCAAGAUGGUGCGGGACUUUGCGCUAGCCACUCUCCCCGAGACCCGUCCGGAAACAAGCUGCCUGGAUAUUGUCAACUUCUUCCAGGAAGGGAAGUCUCACAUGGUAUUAGUCUCUGAAUAUCCGGGCGAGGAUCACGGAGCUCUCGGCGUUGUUACACUAGAAGACGUUAUUGAAGAGCUCAUUGGCGAAGAAAUUAUUGACGAAUCCGACGUUUUCAUUGACGUCCACAAGGCCAUCCGCCGACUAACACCCGCACCGAAAUCUCGGUUUCCCAAAGGGCGCGUCGUGGAAGAACCUGCUUCUUUGCCCACACAGGAGGACAAUGUCGUCGAUCUGGGCAAAGGCACCACCGCUUCACCUCCAGUUGGAGGUGCUAGCUCUGAUGCACCUAACCGGCGAGCAGGCUCCAUUAGUCAACCUCCAGCGCCCAGGUUCCUCCUGCGAAACAAAAACGGGGAACUUGAUCCGGCCGCGCCCAAUGAGACGGUAACCAAGCGUGGCACAGAUGAGGUUCGGGAGCAUCUAAGACAUUUGGGCCCGUCGAACCUUGCCAGUCGACCGCGCCAGACUCGCUAUCAGAAUGUUAAAAUCAAAGCUCCGGGGUGUUCUCCUACCCGUGCGGGCCCCGCUGACUCUGAUGGAGGACCACGCGUGUCUGGAGAACAGAUCCGGAGACCGUCGGAGACAAUUGGGUGCCAAGGAGGUAUCGGAGCAGGACUCUUGCAUUCGGCAGGCAAGGAUGCAAAGGAUGGAGUUCACGCUUUGAAAUCCGGUUAUGGUACUAUCGGUGCUCACGAAGGCGGCAACCAGGCCAGUAAGGGAACCCAGGCAAACCUCAAGACGGAUCUUACGAAGUUGGUAGUUCCCGAACUCGAGAAUGAAAAUCAGGCGGAAACGCCGCAUUCAUCGCCCUUGCGCACUCCGAAUCGAAGCAAGCCCAGUAGCGUCCACUCCUACGAGACGCGUGCCAUUGACCACCAUAAAGGGCCGUCUCGCAUUUCGGGCCCUGCUCGGAGUGGAAGCAUCACAGAACAAGUCAUCGAUGUGAAUGGCAUUCGGAAAGUGAUUCUCCAAACAACCAGUAGCAGUUCUUCGGAUACCGAAAGGCCGACGCGGGCAUCGCCUGUAGACGAUGCCAUUGAGACGAAUCCUUCCGAUAACGCGGAUGGUCAAGGCACCCAGGGGAGUAAGAAGAAACGCCGGAGACGGAAAAGAAAACCGGAUGGCAAGGACGGCGAAAGACAACCUCUGUUACAUUGA